AUGGAGGAGCUUGGAAUCGCCUCGUUGAGGCGCACAGAACCCACGCUGGAGGAUGCGGCAGCGGAGAAGGCUGCGAUCCACCAGGAGAUGGCCGCCGAGGAGGACACGUAUCUGCGCUACAAGAAGUUGCAACAGCACCUCGAGUUCCUCAACACCAUGGAAGAGUACGUCAAGGACGAGCAGCGCAACUUGAAACGCGAGCUUGUCCGUGCACAGGAGGAGGUGAAGCGCAUCCAGUCCGUCCCUCUUGUCAUCGGCCAAUUCCUCGAACCCAUCGACCAGCACACCGGCAUCGUUGGCUCCACCACCGGAUCCAACUACGUCGUCCGCAUUCUCUCCACCAUCGACCGCGAGCUGCUCAAGGCGAGCUCGAGUGUGGCGCUUCAUCGCCACUCGAAUGCGCUCGUCGACGUCUUGCCACCAGAGGCUGACUCGUCCAUCGCCAUGCUCGGCCAGGACGAGAAGCCCACAGAGACGUACGCGGAUAUCGGCGGCAUGGACAUUCAGAAGCAGGAGAUCCGCGAGGCGGUCGAGCUGCCGCUCGUGCAGUUUGACCUGUACCGUCAGAUCGGUAUCGACCCACCACGCGGCGUGCUGCUGUACGGUCCUCCAGGAACGGGCAAGACGAUGCUGGUAAAGGCAGUGGCCAACGCCACUACGGCGAGCUUCAUCCGCGUGGUCGGCUCCGAGUUUGUGCAAAAGUACCUCGGCGAAGGUCCAAGGAUGGUGCGAGACGUGUUCCGUCUGGCGCGCGAGAAUGCGCCCGCGAUCAUCUUUAUCGACGAGAUCGACGCGAUUGCCACCAAGCGUUUCGAUGCACAGACGGGUGCGGAUCGCGAGGUGCAGCGUAUCCUGCUCGAGCUGCUCAACCAGAUGGACGGCUUCGACCAGGGCAGCAACGUCAAGGUCAUCAUGGCCACCAACCGUGCCGACACGCUCGACCCCGCGCUGUUGCGACCCGGUCGUUUGGAUCGAAAGAUCGAGUUCCCCACGCCCUCGCGACGAGAGAAGCGUCUUAUCUUCCAAACAAUCUGCGGCAAGAUGAACCUCAGCCCCGAGGUGGACCUGGAGGACUACGUCGGAAGGCCCGACAAGCUCUCGAGUGCCGAGAUUGCGAGUAUCUGCCAGGCUGCAGGUCUGCAGGCGGUGCGCAAGAACCGAUACGUCAUCAUGCCCGAGGACUUCGAGGAGGCCUGGAAGCAGAUUGUCAAGAAGCCAGACGACUCCAAGAUGGAGUUCUACCAGUGA